CCAUGGAGACCAGCCGGCGAGCGGGGGGAGUAGCUCCGGCCCGGCGAGCGGCGUGAGGAAGAGGAGGCCUGGGGUCCUGGACUAGCUGCAGGGCCUGGUCCCGGCUGGUGGAGCCAAACUACAGAGGCGGCCGAGCGGAGGGCCACACGCUGUCACACCGACACACCUCCCCACGGGACCCCGCCCCGGCUUAGGUGUCAGCUCCUGGCCCUGCCUUCAUUGGGGAAUCGGGGGUUGGGGGAUCAAAGCCCCCCACACCUGUCUCCUGCCCCCUGCGCCAUGUUUAUCACGGUGAUGUUCGGAGCCGGCUGCUGGGAGCUGGUGAACCCCUGGUGCAACCUGGUGACCCUCACCGCCCACCUGAGGCAGAGGGGGAAGGUCCCCCCAGAUGCAACUAUCGCUCUCCUGUCUGAGGAUGGGCACCUGGUGAGCCUGGACGAGGGCCUGGAGGAGGGGGCUGCCCCAGCAGAGUCCAUGGCCAGUUCCCUGCUGCAGGAGCGAGGGACCUAUGUCCUUGUGCAGAUUGGGGAGAGGGCGGAGCCCCCACCCGCUAUGAGUCCCUCCUGGAGAACCUGGAUGGCCAGUGUCCAGAGCUGGCAGAGGAGCUGCGCUGGCUGUCGGACCUCCCAAGGGGCCAGGGCCGGAGGAGGCGCAUGGGCACACGCCGUGGCCACCGGGAGCAAGGCCCCCCUUCAAGGCCCGGAAGGGUGGGCGCCCUGCCGUCCAGGACUCGCUAGCUGGGGCCAGGAGCCAGGUGCAAACAGACAGCAGCCCAGCAGGAUUCCUCUUGCAGAAUCUGGAAUUGCUGAGAAGUUGCAUCAGCAAGAGGGGCAAGGUCACAGACAGGACGUGAGGCCGCUGGGGGCCCCUAAAACGUGGGUGCAGAGAAAGGGAUCCAGAGGCAGAGACGAGAAGGGUGGGAGGGGGCAGGCGUCCCUGAGAAGGGGAGACAACAGGCUUCUCCCGGGAUUCCAGCCCCCAGACUCAGAUGCCCUUGGGGUCACCAGCUAAUGCCUCACCACCCCACUUUGGACUGCCCAGGGCAGUCUGACCUUGGCUACCCAUGGUGCAGAUUACAGCAGGGCUCCUCCCACCCCACCCAGGAUGCCCCACCCUAGACGCCCGCUUAAGGUGAAGCAUUCUAUUAAGGUGAAGCAUUCUACACCUGAGUGAGACAUCCAUCCAUCUCCCCUGACCCCACCUCCUCUGCCAGGGAGCUCCCGGGAGAUGGACCAGCGACAGGGCACACAGCAGGCUGUGGUCUAAAAUAA